UCAAAAAAUUAAAAAUUAUAGUAGCGAAUGCGUUUUCGUCAAGAAUAAGUGCAAUUUAAUAGGAAAAUACCUACCUAGGUAGGUAUUUAGGUUUUUCAUAUUUAACUAAUCUCAAUUUUCAACUUGAAAUUUCAUUCCCCUUGAAAAAUCAAUAAAAUUCGUAAAACUCGAGAAAUGUUUGAAAACGAGUUUUAUAGCUACGUAACGUUUAUUAUUUACGUUACGUGUGCGCUACGUCUAAAUGAGCUUUAUUUCUCUUCUCAUCAAACAUUUUUCAUACAAAUGAAUUUUGUUCUUCGGACGAAUAAGGCGGAUGUCCGCAGUAGAGUGGAUUUAUUUAAAGGUGAAGAAUUGUUUCCUCUAAUCUAGAAAAAUUGUAGUCUUCCAUUAGUAUCAAAUCAACAAAAUAUGGUUACAGAAAGAGGAAAGCUUUAUGCAAUAGCAUUGCGAAAUGCUGGAGAUAUUCCCGUUGAUAUCGGUGAUAAAAUUGAAAUGGAACUUCCAGAUUUUGCAGAUCACGAGAGAAUCCGAAGGGCCCAAAGUAUGUUCAAAGAAAAUUUCUUUGCAAUAUUUUAUGGGAUGUACUGUGGAUUGAUGGCCAUUCUAGCGAUUCCUUCCAUUCUAAAUGUUCUUGUUCACACCAAUAAAAGUUCAAGCGAUAUGACUGCAUACAAGCGGUACAUGGCGACAAUUUACCAUACACUUACGUGGUUUCGAAAUGAUUUGAAACCCGGCACAACUGCCUGGAAGUCUUUAGACUCCGUUCGACGACUUCACUUCUCAGCGAGCCGUUCAGCAAAGGGUUCAAAAGUUGGAAUCAUCUCUCAGAAGGACAUGGCGAUUACUCAAUAUGGUUUUAUUGGUUUCACAAUAGUGUCACAAAAAGAAACUGGCGUUUAUUGCACUAAAGAAGAAAUGGCUGAUUAUGUUCAUUUCUGGAGAGUGUUGGGACAUAUCAUUGGAAUUCGUGAUGAAUUUAAUCUCUGUAGCGAUAAUUUGGAAGAAUCUCUUGAGCGCUUAGAAGCUGUAAGAACUGAAUUUUUAUUACCAGCAUUACAAUUUCCACCAAAGGAUUUCGAACCAAUGACGAGAUGCAUCGCAAAUGGUUUAUGGUGCUUUAAUCCACGAGAUGCCUACAAAGUUAUUAUGUUCAUGAUUAAGCGUAUGGUUGGAGUACCGAAUUAUUAUUAUCACAAUGAAGAAAUGCCGAGAGAAUGUGAUAAGAACAGCCUGGAAGUUUACAAGUUAAGUUACUACGAGAGAUUUGAAGCUUGGGCAGUGACUUUCAUUCAUGAAUAUCUUUUACAAUUUGCAAUUGUCCGCUGGUUCUUCAAUAUCGAUACUUUGUUCCAUGAGUUUCUUAUCACUUACUUUCCAUUCCUUGCGUUUUAUAAAUUUGGCAUUAAAAAUGCUUAUGUGCGAAUAUUAGGAAAGGAGCAUAAAUAAUAUAAUAAAUCAUGAAGUCAAUAAAGCUAAUCACUGUCCUAAAGAAGAGAAAAUUUUGUUGUCAUUCAAUUAUUAUUUUUCCCUUUCUCUCCCAAAAAAAAAAUUCCAACACUAUAAUAAAAAAUUCUGGACUUUUACGAAAAAAAAACGAAAAAAUUUAUUCAAGUUCAGUUCAACCAUUG